CAGAGCUCGUUCACACCUUAUACUCGGUACUCUUGUGUUUCUUUUUGCUGUUAGACAAAGAAAAAAGAUAUGGAUCAUCGUAAACAAAGAAAUGGUGCGGCAAUUUGUCUGCUAAUCAUGGUGAUAAUGGCUGGUUUAGUACAAGAAACACAAGAACAUGCUUGUGGAAGCACAUUCUUCUCAGCACUUGUUCAGAUGAUCCCUUGUAGAGCUGCAGUUUCUCCAUUCAGUCCUUCCCUACCAACUGAAGCUUGCUGUGCUGCUCUCAAAGCUUUAGGCCAGCCUUGUUUGUGCAUCCUUGUCAAUGGUCCUCCGAUUUCUGGUGUCGAUCGGACUUUAGCCAUGCAGCUUCCUGAUAAAUGCUUAGCAAACUUUGCUCCAUGUGCGAUGAACAAAUGAAAGUCAUGGGCAGAAAGAUUCAAGGCAGAAGUAGAUGCAAAUACUAUAAAGAAAAGGAUCAUCCUUUGAGCUUUCUCUUUAGUACAAGUAGAUUAAACAAGUUCCUGGUGCAACUUAUCUUAAAAAAUUUUCAAUAAUGUACUAAUAAAGAUGAUGAAAUGUUACUCUACUGCAGCUUCUAAAUUGGUAAACUUCUGCAGAAUUCGAUUUCAUCAUUCCGCAUGUUCAUUCAAUUUACAUAAACAA